AUGGAUUCGUUCGGAAAUAAAAAAGAUGAUAAUAAUUUCAGCGGUCACAUAUUAAAUAGUACAAAUUAUCGGUUAUGGAAAUUCCAAAUAACUGCGUUCAUGAAAGCGCGUGGCUUAACCGAUAAUAUCGAAGGAAAUAGACCUGAAGCUGAUGCUUCUGCAGAUGCAAGAAAUGCUUUUGAGCGAAAUGAAGGAAGGGCCAUGAAUGCUAUUUUUCAAUCACUGGAUUCAGAACAUGCGAACCUCGUGCUGGCAUGUAAAACAGCAAAAGACAUGAUGAUCAAAUUAAACAGUGUUUAUGAAAAGAACUCAGAAAUCCGCGUUAUGACCUUGUAUGAAGAAUAUUUUUCACUAAAAAUGAAAGAAGAUGAAUCAGUGGCCGGGUGUGUAGCCAAAGCAAAUCAGUUAGCAUCUGAAAUUGAACAGCAAGGAGAAAAAUUGUCCGAAAAGUUAAAGAUGGUGCGCAUCAUCAGUAGUUUGCCAGUUAAAUUUAACAAUUACAAAACUGUCUGGUACAACACAAAAGAAUCUCGUACGAUUGAUACACUGAUGUCUUCUUUACAGUUGGAGGAGGACAAUUUGAAGCGAAUAAAUGAUGAACAAUGUGCAACAGAAGAUGCUGCUUUUGCUGCGAAGUUUAAACGAAAUGAAUUCAAAAGUGAAUCAAAGCCAAGUAUCGAUGAAUUGAAAAGGAAAACCAAAUGCAACGCUUGCGGUCAAAUAGGGCAUUGGGCGAAAGAUAAAAAAUGUCCAAAGUCUAAAAAUUCAUCCGGUAUAAAUAAAAGCAAAAAACGUGCAAGUAGCAAAGACAAUAAAAGUUUGAAAGACAGAGAUGAGUUAGCAUGGUCUACGGUUGUGCGUGCAAAUAAAUACGACGAUUCAAAAUCCAACUAUUGGUGUGUUGAUUCGGGUGCAACGAGUCAUAUGACUUAUCGUCGUGAACGGUUCUCGGAACUGAGAGAAUAUGGCAGUCAAGUGAAGUUGGCCGAUCGCCGUCAUGUCGAAAUACGAGGCAUUGGUACAGUUCUUAUUGAUUCAAGAGUUAACAAUCAGUGGGAGCAGCGUCGUCUUGAAAAUGUAUUGUAUGUGCCAGAUUUGUUUUCUACUGUUGUUAUGACUGACAAAGGUUUUCAAGUUAUGCUCGAAAAGGAUGGCUGCAAAGUACUUGACAGCGAAAACAAUACUGUUGCGGUUGGUAGACGUAAUGAGGUGAGACAAAUCAAAAUGGAUUUUCGCUUGCGCAUAGACGAAUGUGCAAAUGUAGUAGCAGGUCGAAUGGUUCUCAAAUCAAGCAUUUCCGUUUUGAUAAUGGAACAGAGUUCAUCAAUAAAAAGGUCAAAAAUUUAUUAA